CAGAACAAGCAAAUUAGCUAUGUUUAUUUCACUAACAAUCAUCCUGUCUACAAUGUUUGCUAAGAACCGGGAUGCGGUGUUUGCUUUCGUUCAAGUAUAACGAGAUACAUUACCUACUUCUAAGGAACUUAGCAGCCCCAGUGCGACCCGUACAAACGUCCAACACGUCGUUGGAAACGUUUAUAUCAAUGCAUAAGGAGAGCUGUCAGCGAUUUGAUUACCUCGUCGAGCGGCAGAAACAAUUAUGCAUGCUGUCUGAUAAAAUGGUACAGGUUUUGCAAACUGGAGCCCAGCAAGCUGUUGAAGAAUGUCAGCACCAAUUUCGUAACAGCCGCUGGAAUUGCAGCACUGUUGAUAACAGCACCGAUAUAUUUGGAGGGGUGUUGAAGUUUAAAUCCCGUGAAUCUGCAUUUGUCCAUGCUCUCUCAGCGGCAGCAUUGGCUCAUGCCGUGGCACGUGCAUGUAGUCGAGGCGAAUUAAACGAAUGUUCUUGUGAUGCUCGCGUGAGAAAACGCACUCCUCGACAUUGGCAGUGGGGUGGAUGUUCUGAGGACAUAAGAUAUGGUGAAAAGUUUAGUCGAGAUUUCGUAGAUGUUAAAGAGGACAAGGAAAGCGAUGAAGGAAUAAUGAAUCUACAUAAUAAUGAAGCUGGACGCAGAGCUGUCCGUGGUCGAAUGCAACGUGUCUGCAAAUGUCAUGGUAUGUCCGGUUCGUGUUCAGUGCGGGUGUGCUGGCGGCGUCUCCCACAGCUAAGGAUCGUGGGUGACUCUUUAAGUACAAGAUAUGAGGGCGCGUCGCAUGUGAAGAUUGUAGAAAGGAAAAGAGGGAAAAAUAUCAGGAAAUUAAGACCAAUUCACGCAGAUAUGAAGAAACCGAACAAAACGGACUUAGUUUACCUCGAGGAUUCUCCUGAUUAUUGUGAACCUAACGAUGAACUCGGCAUUCUUGGAACACGCGGAAGAACAUGUAAUAGGACAUCUGCUGGAUUAGAUGGCUGUCGUCUGUUAUGCUGUGGACGCGGAUAUCAGACCAGAGUCAGAGAUCACGAGGAGAAGUGCAGAUGUCGUUUUGUAUGGUGUUGUAGAGUCCAUUGCGAGAUAUGUCGGUCAAAGCGUGACCACCACGUUUGUAAUUAAAGACUAAGUAGAUGUGAUAGUUACUGUGACAUUUAAGAGGCAAGACUUGAUCUGCGAUGGUAACGUGAAAUUGUAAAGCAUUGGGAACUAGGAUAGAAUGUCUCUGGUUUAACUUUGUCAGAUUAUAACGAAUCGAGAAUUUGGGUUAAUUGGUAAUGAUUAUAAUUUAUUCGACAUAUUUACCGUAUCUGAUAUUGGAGAAAGAUGAUAUCUCUUCAUUCCAAGGAAUUAUAUUAUCAUAUCGAUAGUACGUUAAUUUUGUGCCAAAUAAAAUCAUGAUUGGAUAUAAAAAUGACGAAAACCACGAAGACCGAAUUGCUUGAAGUGUGAACUAAUUUAUGUAUGAAAAAAUGCAACUGUAUCACGUACUUAAUUAUAUAACGUUAUCUGAUUAUAUAUUUUCAAUUAUCUGAUAAAUACUCCAUUAAAAUAUAUAUAUUCAAUGAGAGAUUUUAAUCAGUGCAACAGUGUAAUUGUUGAUAUUUAUCAUUAGAGUGAUCGCAAGAUUGUCGUGUAGUGCGAUAUAAGUAAUUGCAAAAUUAUCAAUGGACUGAUGUAUUUAGUUAUUUAUAAUUUUAAUUGUUUUCUGAUUGUAAGCUUUAAAAAUUUUUUUACAGUAUUACCAACUAAUUUAUUUUAUUUUACGUUUUAUAUUGUAUAAAGUUGUAAAUAGUACUUUUGUUAUAGGUUAUUUUAGUUGUUAGUGCAAACUGUUGAGGUUAAUUGAAUACAUUUUCUUUUUACUGUAUUCCUAGGAAUAGGACUGGAUAAAUGUAAUAUUUUGUUAACUUAACAUCAGAAGCAUGACUAGGUUCGGUGCACUUCAAUACUAUAUAUUUCCUCUUAAACUUGACAACGUAUUACUUUUAUCACACACAAUCAUUGAUUGUAAAUAGUGAUUACGCACUAAAUGUACUUAUUAGAAUUAAAUUAUUUUUACGUUCUACCUCAGAUAUGGAAUCUUUUUAACCAGCUUCAUCAAUAAACGCAAGGGAGGCGUGUGACUCGUGAAGUCUUCUAGAAUUAUUUGUUGAUGUAAAUAAAUCUUGAUAUUAAGUUAGUAAUUUAUUGUAUUAGAUUGUGAUAGUUUUAUAUAAGCUAAAAAUUUAACCAAACGAAACGUGUAGUAUUUCGUAAUUUAAAAAAUUUUCCGAUUCUAUAGAUUCUAGAAUUUUCCAGUGUAAAAUGUCCAUAGUAAUAACAAAACACCACGGAAUAUACAUUUAUCAAUGGCAAAUCAUUAGAUUUAUAUAAAACUACUUGCGUAUAGUCUGUUUCUAAUAUUAAGGUUAAGAGGCUUUUUGGUAAGACAAAUAUUUGGGCUUAGCGUUGUACUAAUGAAAGAGUGCUUCUAGGUACUAUACAUGGCCCUAAAUUAUUUAACCUUUUAAAAAAUUGGAACUCCAAAAAAAAAUACGGUGAAAAUCAAAUGGUUUAAUAACAAUUCAAGGUCAAUUAAGUAAUUUAACUAUAAUUUGAACACAUUAAAAUUAGAAUGUAAGUGACCUCAUGGGUCCAUACCAAAUGUUAAUGUUUAUAAGUAAGAAUGAUUAGUGUACAGUCGACAAUAUUUGUGGUAUUGUCUUGUUAUGACUGCUCACUGUACACUUGUAUGGAAUAUUAGAAUCAAGACCUUUAGCAU